UCCCCAGUUCGCACCAAAUAAUUUUUCGUUCCAAACAGACCUAGGGUUGAAAGUGUAAUUUCCCACUCCAAAGUCCAUAGUUACAGAUCUCCAUUUCCUUCCGAAUUUUUACCGGUAAGAAAAUGGGCAGCGAGCGAAAGUCCAGAAAGCGGCGAUCUUCUCUUUCAACUUCGAUCGACGAUGACAAGGACCGGGCUAGGAAAUUUAAGAAGAGAGACGACGAGAAAGAGAAGAAAACUAGAAAAGAGGAGGAUAAGGAGCGAAAAAAGAGGAGAAGAGAUAAGAAAUCUCUCGAGCAUUCGGAUAGCCGAGAGGGAAAAGAGGGAAAAACGAGAGAGAGGCACAAACACAGAAAGAAACGAGCAGACAAGGAGGGUUUCAAGGAACUGUCUGAUGAAGACUACUUUUCCAAAAACAAUGAGUUCUCAACCUGGCUUAAAGAAGAGAGAGGAAUAUAUUUCUCUGACCUCUCAUCUGAAGCAGCUCGUGAUCUUUUCUCAGGCUUCAUUAAGGCCUGGAACAAGCAGAAGCUGCAACCUUGGUACUAUGAAGGCAUUGCUAGCGCUCCAAGGACAGCCCAUAACUGGAAGAUUAAACAUGACAAGUAGUAUCGAGGAAGCCUUUGCUGCGUACUCUGUGAUUGUAAGGGUACCCCAUUGGAGGAGGCGCGGCAUGAACUGGCGGUUUCCCUUCUGCAGGUGGAUAGGCCUGCCCUGGACCUGGAGUAGGAUAUCAGAGUGGAGGUGUGAGUGAGUGCACUAAGUUAUUAAACUUUGAAAAAAUUCAAAAAAUUUCAUCACUUUUGUUGCAGGAAAUUAAAUUUUUAGUACAAUUCAUUCAUCAAUGCAAAUGCUGGUGUUCUUAACGGAGGUAUUGAUGUACACAAUCUCAUCUCUCUACAUUUUAAUCUAUUUUUUCCAUUUGAAUCAAA